CACCAUCUCAAACAAACCCUAACCAGACUCAAACGCAAACUCAAACUCAAACUCAACUCAUACGCCUGAAAAUGGCUAAAUCACUGUGAUUUCUCAAGAAGCUCGAAACUUUCUGUCACCCAGUCAAUCAUUUACCCACAUUUCCUCUAAUUUAUCAGCUAAUCUGGAAAAAUGGCAAACAUUUCUUGCUCAAAGCUGCAAAAUCUGAGAUCAUCAUCUAGGGUUUAUCCUGGGUUUUACGGGAUCUCAAGCAAAACCCCAUUAAAUCUCAUCAAGCAAUUCUGUUCAACAACUUCGAUUGAUGACCCAUUACCAGAAUCUCCCACCUCCAUUGAUCCACUCCAAGAGAAAAGCAAUGAUGCUGCGAAACAGGAAGGUGGUCGAUUGGUUGAAGGAGGAACAGAGCUUGCUCUGAAUCAGAGGGUUCCAAGAGGUAAGAAUCAAACCCCAGAAAAAGUAGAGGAUAUAAUUGCUAGAAUGAUGGCUAAUAGAGCUUGGACAACCCGUUUACAGAACUCAAUUCGUAAUUUAGUUCCCCAAUUUGAUCAAUCUCUUGUUCUGAGUGUGCUGGAUAGUUCCCGGAAAACGGACCACGCGCUCCAGUUUUUCCGGUGGGUCGAACGGUCGGGUUUAUUUAAGCAUGAUAGAGAGACCCAUAUGAAAAUCAUUGUUAGAUUAGGGCGUUCAUUGAAGCUAAAUCAUGCCCGGGAAAUCCUGAUGGAUAUGCCCAAAAAGGGUUUGCAAUUUGAUGAAGACAUGUUUGUUGUUUUGAUUGAAAGUUAUGGUAAGAAUGAGAUUGUUCAGGAAUCAGUGAAGAUUUUUCAGCAAAUGAAGGAAUUAGGUGUGGAGAGAACUGGGAAGUCUUAUGAUACUUUGUUUAAGGUUAUAUUGCGGCGAGGGAGGUAUAUGAUGGCGAAAAGGUACUAUAAUAAGAUGUUGGAGGAGGGAAUUGCACCUACUAAACAUACAUUUAACAUCCUUUUGUGGGGUUUCUUUCUGUGUCAAAGAGCCGAAACUGCGAAUAGGUUUUACGAGGAUAUGAUUAGUCGGGGUAUUAUGCCGGAUGUGGUUACUUAUAAUACAAUGAUUAAUGGGUUUUAUAGGUUGAAGAAAGUGGAGGAAGCGGAGAAGUUUUUCGUGGAGAUGAAGGGGAAGAAUAUAGCUCCUACUGUUAUUAGCUAUACUACUAUGAUUAAAGGUUAUGUUUUGGCAGAGAAGGUUGAUGAUGCAUUUAGGAUGUUUGAGGAGAUGAAGGAGUUUGGUAUUAAGCCGAAUUCUGUUACAUAUUCGACUCUUUUGCCUGGACUUUGUGAUGCCAUGAAAGCUUCUGAAGCUCAAGCUGUGUUGAGGGAGAUGGUGGAGAGACGUGCUGCUCCGAGGGAUCCGAAGGAUAAUUCAAUCUUUGUGAAGUUAUUGAAUUGUCAGUGUAAGUCAGGUAACUUGGAUGCUGCUGCAGAUGUACUUAAAGGAAUGGUGAGUUUGAGCAUCCCAACUGAAGCUGGACAUUAUGGGAUCUUAAUCGAAACUUUCUGUAAGGCUAAGGCGUAUGAUAGGGCGGUGAAAUUAUUGGAUAAGCUUAUUGAGAAAGAUAUAAUUUUGAGUCCUCAAAGUAGUAUGGAUAUGGAGCCAACUUCUUAUAAUGCAAUUAUUGAAUAUCUCUGCAACAAUGGUGGCACUCAAAAAGCUGAAACCCUAUUCAGGCAGCUGAUGAAGAAGGGUGUCCAGGAUCCUGUUGCUUUCAAUAAUUUGAUCCGUGGGCAUUCAAAAGAGAACAACCCUGAAUCGGCCUUUGAAUUGUUGAAUAUCAUGAUUAGGAGAGGGGUGAAAUCAACAGCGGAUGCUUACAAGUUACUCAUCCAUAGUUUCUUGGAGAAGAGCGAACCAGCUGAUGCGAAAAUUGUUCUUGAUAGUAUGAUCGCGAAUGACCACUUGCCUGAUUCAGCGGUUUUCAGGGCAGUUAUGGAGGGUCUUUAUAACGCUGAAAGGGUUCAAACAGCUAGCCGUGUUAUGAAGGUAAUGUUGGAGAAGGGUGUGACAGAAAACAUGGAUUUGAGUGCAAAGAUUUUGGAGGCUCUGUUCAUGAGAGGUCAUGUUGAGGAAGCACUUGGAAGAAUUGAGUUACUAAUGCAAAGUGGGUGUUCACCAGAUAUUGAUAAUCUUUUAUCUGUUCUCAGUGAUAAGGGGAAGACAAUCGCUGCUCUGAAACUUCUAGAUUAUUCUUUGGAGAGAGAUUUCACGUUGGAGUUUUCGAGCUAUGACAAGGUGUUGGAUGCCCUUUUAAGUGCUGGCAAGACUCUUAAUGCAUACUCAAUAUUGUGCAAAAUAUCACUAAAAGGUGGAGUGACUGAGAGGAACAACAACUACGAGAGUCUAAUCAAGACCCUGAACGAAGAGGGAAACACAAAGCAAGCUGAUACUUUGUCAAGAUUGCUGACUGGUGAUAAAAUUCUCAGCACUAAGAAAGGCAAGAAGCAAGAGUUAGUAGCUUCUUGAUUUUUUAGGUCAUUGAGUUAAUAGGUUUAAUAUCAGUGUUUUGGUUUUUGUAGUAAUGUCCAUUUACAAUACCAUCUUGCAGUUUUGUUAUAUGCUUGCUGGAUUUGGUCUUUUAUAUAAAGAGCCAUUCUUUAUGUUUCAAGUCCGGAUAAAUAAUUGAGGACUACAAGUUACUGUUUUAUUCCCUUUCGCGUUGAUUCAGGGUUUUGAAUUCUUGUUUCGAGGUAUCAACAAUAUCAAGCCACAUUUGGCUUUUCCUUUU